UGAUGACGGUGACGCUGAGCACAGGCAUCCAAGAGCCUCGUUGCCAGUCAUCCCGCCAUCUCACAAAUCGACAGCACGCUUUUCGACAGCCAACUGCAAGCCGUCAAAGCACACUGCGACAGCGGGCGGAAACAGAACAUCGUACCUUUGGUCCGGAGUUUGCUGUCACCCCUAAUCGUACAUGGGAACACCUGACGCUCAAAUCUCCCGACACCGUGACUUGACUUGCGCGUUGCAUCCACUCCCCAAAUUAGCGGGCUGUCUCUCUCACAGCCACCUCUUUAUCGGGCUUCCUAGACAAGGGUAACGCGCACUGCUCAAGCGAAGGCGACUUCACUCGCCGGUUCGCAAAGAACAUGCCUCCCAAGAAGCCGAACAGGCCGACUCGACCAACCCACCGGUCGAGCACCUCGAUAGGUUCAAAGACGGAAAUUAUAAUCAACGUCUAUGACCUGCUACCCCCCGGAAGACUCUCAUCAGUCCUUUGGACGUGCGGCACCUCAUUGCUACACUCAGGUGUCGUGAUCAACGGGAAAGAGUACGCCUAUGGCGGCCACGACAGGCGUGGUGUCACUGGGGUGUACUGGACCAAACCCCAAACCGAGCCUCCGGGUGGAGUGUUCAAGUGCGAGAUACUGCACGGUUUCACCUACAUCCCGCCGAACGACAUAGAUGCCAUCAUACGUGAUGUAUCGGAACAGUUCCGCGGGACGGCGUACAACCUAUUAACCAGGAAUUGCAACCACUUCACCUCAUACAUGUGCCAGCGAUUGACAGACCGUCCGGGCCCUGGCUGGCUCAAUCGCGCGGCGAGCAUCGGUCUGGCCUUCCCAUGUAUCGUUCCAAGACAGUGGAUUGAGCCUCCCGAUUAUGACCUUGCAGAUGGGGAGCUUCUAGCCGACGAUGAUAGCGAGUACGACGGGGACUCUUCCACAGAACAGUCAAGAAUGCUGCGGAGCUCUUCAGAUUAUCCCAGGCUUGUCGGGAUAAGUGAGGAACGUCUAGACCCAGUUGGGUCAAGCAGUGGAGGCGAGCGAACCAGAUCAAACAAUAAUCGGUAGGGUGGGAUAGCUACCGGAGAGUGUGCCAUUAUGGCUGACGGCGAUUCCUUUUAGCUGGUCCGUUAUUUCUUGCUACCUUUGCGUCCAAGUGGUAUAGGGAUUUACUCUUUUCCUUUCUAUCUUGCGUUUAGCGAUUUUAGCGUCCUAUAUCAAGUCGUGUCUUCUUCCACAUACCCGGUAUGUUUGCCGCUCAUCUUCAGAGAGGUGAGUGGGUUUGUCGUUUUUACCUCUCUCUUGGUUAUUCACUUAUAUUGCCAGCUUGGUUACUUCUGUCGUCUCCUGUUUGCAGUUCCAUCGUUACACGCAGCCCCAGAAUGACAUAUCAGCCUGGGUACCCUGGAACAGAUACGUCCGAAAUUAACGUUGCGCAACACACUUCACCCAAUUGCUCCGGUAUCUGGUAGUGGGUGGUACCCUUUUCGCAUGAUAUGUGCCCAAGCAACCCUUCAUGUUCAAGACCCAGCCAGAAUCUAGAGUAUGCGCGCACGCUUUUAUAAAGCUUUCUGGAAACAAGCAGCAAAUGUAUAUGUACCUAUCACGAGAGCUGCAUCUUAAAG